AUGGAGAGUGAAAACCACACCAGAAGGACACACUUCCACUUCCACCCUUUCUCAACGCUCCCCGAAGUGCAGCUGCUGAUUUUCUGGGCUUUCCUCAUUUUGUACCUCCUGAGCCUUCUGGGGAACUCGGCGGUAGUGCUUAUUGUCCACACAGAGCGCUCCCUCCACACACCCAUGUAUUUCUUCUUGGCUAACCUGGCUGUUCUGGAGAUUGCUUACUCUUGCGUCAUUGCCCCACUCACCCUGGUCAACCUCUUGUCUGUGCGAAAAGUCUCCAUCUCUUUGGCUGGCUGUGGCACACAGAUGUUCUUCUUCAUCUUCUUGGGAGGUGCAGACUGUGUCCUGCUGUCCGUCAUGGCAUACGACCGAUACGUGGCAAUCUGUCACCCGCUGCGCUACACUGUCCUGAUGAGCUGGAGAGUGUGUGUGAGUCUUGUCACUGGGACGCUGUCCAUGACUUGCUUGUUUGGCAUUCAGCUCUCUAUCCUGGUAUUACACCUUCCGUUCUGUGGCAACAAUGAGAUCAAUCACUUUUUCUGUGACUUCCCUGCUGUCAUGAAGUUAGCCUGUAGCGACACCCACGUCCACCAGACCACCCUCUUUAUUAUUAGUGCCGUAAUACUGACUGUCCCUUUCUCCUUCGUCUGCAUCUCCUAUACCUUCAUUGUGACAGCCAUCUUGCGCAUCCGCUCUGUUGCAGGCCGGCAACGAGCUUUCUCCACUUGCUCCUCCCACUUAAUGGUUGUCCUUCUGCAGUAUGGCUGUGGCAGUUUAAUAUACUUGCGCCCCAGCUCUAGUUACUCAUCGGAAGAAGGUCGGGUGGUAUCUGUGGUCUACACCUUUGUCACACCUGUAUUGAACCCCUUGAUCUACAGCAUGAGGAACAAGGAGUUAAAGAACGCGUUGAGCAAAAUCCUGAGAAAGAAAGUGCUGUCCCAAUGA